AUGGAUACCAAGAAUUCGUCCAAAGAAGAUCCCCUUCUUCCAUCAUACACCACAGCCACCAGUGACGAUGGUAGGCCACCCUCUGACGCAACACCAAGCGACACUGCAACCCCCCAGCCCUCCCGUUUCGGUCAUCGCUUCCAUAGAGUCUCUUCCAGUAUUGGCCGCCCUCUCAACAAAGCCGCCAAUAUCAUUGGUGCCGAGGGCUGGUGGCCAAGCACUAUGCACCGCGAGUGCAGCAAGGCCGCACGCAUCCUCUACUCCUUCACCAAGCUCCAGAACAUGCCGCUUCCCACGGCCGCAGCACCGCUGCACCCGACCGGUCUGACCAAAAAGUCAAUUGUGACUAUCCCUGACGAAAUCCUACGCAAUUGUGCCGGGCUAGCCAUUUUCAACGUCCUUCGUGUCGGCCACAUGAACGGCUCACUGGCCGGUGGAUCGGGCGUAGUCGUUGCCCGCCGCGCAGAUGGGAGCUGGUCGCCGCCGUCGGCUUUCGUAGUGAGCACGCUUGGCGCGGGAUUCGUUUUUGGCAUCGAUUUGUACGAGUGUGUCUGCGUCCUCACUACGCCGCAGCAGGUUGCGGCCUUUACGAGGCCAAGGGUGUCGCUCGGCGGCGAUGCGUCUGUGGCGGUCGGCCCUGUAGGGUCUGGGGCUGCUGUGAGCGCGGCACUGUCGGCGAGCGCAAGGCCCGUGUGGAGUUAUAUAAAGAGCCGAGGCGUGUGGGCGGGCGUCCAGAUUCAAGGGACGGUGAUGUUGAGCCGUGCAGAUGCAAAUGCUGCUUUGUAUAACCAGCGCGGUAUCUCCGCCAAGACGAUUUUGACGGGCGAUGUUGCGUGGCCGGAGGAUGCGAAGCCUCUGUUUGAGGUGUUGAGAGAAUUAGAGGCUACUCGGAGAAUGGCACCGGUGGGAGACGACGGGGAGAAGGGUCAGUCGGGGACAGAAGGACAGGAUGGUGCUGAGGCUGGUAGAGUAGAGGUGUCGGUGGAGAAGACAGACGCAAAGGAGGAGGUUGAAGUGCAUUACGAGAGUGUAUUGGAGGAAAAGGAACGGUUGCGAAAGAGCGGUUUCUGA